GGGUAGAGAUAACAAUAAUUAUUAUCUAAGGAAAAAAAGAAAAAAGAAAAGAAAAGAAAAGAAAAGAGAGUUGAUUAAUGGGAAGGAAAGAAAGUGAUUAGCAGCAAGCACUAACUAACCUCCCUCACAAAACCAUGACAUGACCUGCCCUGUCCCUUCCCACCUCUAAACGGAAAGGACCCCUCCCCUACCACAAACAACAACGCCGUUACAGUUAAAACCUCACAUGUAUGUAUGGCGCUUGAGCGGUUGACUCUCGCCCCCGUCGUCCUCCCCCCCGACGAAGACCUCAACAGCAAGGCUCCCAGGCUGCCCCGGUGGACCAGGCAGGAGCUCCUUGUGCUUAUUCAGGGCAAGAGGGUCGCAGAGAACCGGGUCCGCCGUGGCAGGACCGCCGUUCUCGCUCAGGUGGAGCCCAAGUGGUCUUCCGUCUCCUCUUACUGUAAGCGCCAUGGGGUCAACCGUGGCCCUGUUCAGUGCCGGAAAAGAUGGAGCAAUCUCGCCGGAGAUUUCAAGAAAAUUAAGGAAUGGGAGUCCCAGAUUAAAGAAGAAGCCGACUCUUUCUGGGUCAUGAGAAAUGAUUUGAGGAGAGAGAGGAAGCUGCCUGGGUUUUUUGAUAGAGAAGUCUAUGAUAUACUGGAUGGUGGAGGUCCCUCGCCCGCCUCCUUGGUUCUGUCACUAGCGCCGUCGGCUGAGACGACAGAGAACGAAGUUGUGUUCGAUAGUGGAAGGACGGCCGCUGCAGAUGAUGGCCUCUUCUCUGACGAGGGCAUCAAGGAAGCUGCUCCCGCUCCAAUAUCAGCCACAGAGUAUGAGUCAUUCUCUCAAGGGGUUCCCCCUCCAGCUCCAGCUCCAGCAGCAGCACAAGACAAAGAAACUAGCCCAGGCCCCCAAGGAAGGGAGAGGGAGAGGGACAGGAAGAGGAAAAGAGAUGCAGCAGAAGAAGAAGAAGAAGAAGAAGAGAUGUCUUUAGAGAAGCAAUUGAUUGAAGCCAUGGAAAGGAAUGGCAGAUUGCUUAGCUCCCAACUUGAAAUUCAGAAUGCCAACUCUCAGUUAGACAGGGAACAACGCAAAGAUGAGGCAAAUACCCUAUUUUCAGUUCUUAAUAAGCUUGCAGAUGCAAUGGUCAGGAUUGCAGAUAAGUUGUAGUCUCCAUCACAUCACUUGUUGUACAGCCUGGGAAUUCACCAAAUAUUUCGCUUUAUAGUAUAGUUGCUAUACACAUGAUCAUUCUGUUUAUGUAUCAAUGAUUAUUAUUUAUUAUAUACAGUUGAGGUUUUUAUACCAUAAUAAUAAAACUGAUUGCUUUCAAUUA